CCUGCCGCUCAGACCGAGUCUCAGCUCCCACUAAAAAAAGUUGUAAAGUUUUGUCAGGGACACGAGAACACGCAUGAAAGACCCUGGAUGACGGAUAGCUUCACUUUUGGGCUCGUGCGGCUGUUUGUUUUUCUCGCGGUAACUGUGUGUUUUUGCGGAGAUUUUAUUCUGGUGGUUUUUAUCACGCGAAGUCCAAGUCCGGGAUUGUGUCUCAUCUCGAAGUUCCCAAGAUGAGCUUCGGUCCGGCGCUCUGGAAACUCACUACUUUUCUGAUACAGGUGUUGGUGACAGUGCUCUCCAUCGGGCUCGUAUGUCACGCAGCAGAACUUAGUCCGGCAUCUCAGUGGUCCAGUGACGAAUUCCGAAACCUCACUCUGACACGGCACAGAACCUGUGUGGAGAACGAGCAGUACCUUCACCAGGGCCUCUGCUGCCUCAACUGCCGAGCUGGAACAUUUGUGCAAAAAGCCUGUGAAAGAGACCAAGAGCAGGGAACAUGUCUCCCUUGCGAGCAUGGCCAGACCUACACAGAACACUCGAAUGGGAUGAACCGCUGUUUGCCGUGUACCCACUGCCGCUCAGAUGAGAUUGAAACUACACCCUGCACCACAACUACAGACACCAGGUGUCAAUGCAGACCGGGGACAUUCUGUGUUCCAGAUCAGGCCUGUGAGGUCUGCAAACGAUGUGCAAAGUGUAAAGCAGGAGAGGAGGAGGUGAAAAAAUGCACCCCGUUUUCUAACACCGUGUGUCAAAAACGGAAUCCGUCCCCCACCCAAAGCUCCCCGGCCCCUCCCACACCCACCUCAACGUCUCCAGUGUCGAUGGUUAUUCCUAUAUUUGUCAUCCUGGCCAUCAUCAUUAUCGUCAUUGCCGGACUGGCUUUUUGGUGGUUCAUAAUAAAACAACAUUCAUGCGAAAAGCCAUGUUCAGAGAGUCACUGUGAAUCCAGCGAAAUUGUCAAGAUUCCUAUUGAUGAGAGCGGAGCCACAGCAGAGGAGAGACAGAAUAACCAGAACGCAGGUCUGGAGGGGGAGGAGCCUCGGCCCGAGUCACGACCCCUGCUGCAGGAGACCCAGGCCGGGAUGACCAAGGCUUCGCCCCCUCUGGAAGACGAGGACCGAGGACUGGGGGACAGUUUACCCAACACCACCAGUUCAUCUCAGACCAGCCUUUCAGCGCUGCCCACAGCAGCGUCCUCUGGUAACACGCCACACCAGAGUCCCACUGCCUUCAGACUGCCUCCUGCAGCCAUGGAUGACCCUCUACAGCAUCGACUGGUGCCACUACAAGGGUCAGAAAAGUCCUUGAAGAAAAGCUUUGAUUUGUUCGACGAGUAUCUGGACGUACGGAUCCAUAACAAGUUCUUCAGAAUGAUCGGGGUCAGUGACAACCACAUUCGGAUCGCUGAGAACGGGACCCCCGGUGACAAAGUGUAUGAACUGCUGAAGAACUGGAUGCAGAGGCAGGGACUAAAAGCCGACAUCAAUGACUUGUUGGAGGCUUUGCUGAGUAUGGAUCAGCGGCGUUCGGCCGAGAACAUCGCCUCUGCAGCCCUCCAGAGAGGCUACUACAAGCACGCAGACACACCCUGAACGCUGAACAUAAGGGGACUGCAAAUGAAGUAAACACAAAGUACUUAACACACAAAAAAGAAAACUAAAAGCACAUAGACACUGUCGGUGGACAGCGUGUCUCAAGAACAGGCUUACCUCUUUGUGGCUCCUCAGCCAUGUAUUUAAAAGCCAGUAGUUUUUAAUAAGAAAAACACAAAAAGGGGAAGGUCGAGCCGUAUUGAUGGGCGCUCUGCGGAUGUUGACUACAUGCCUAAUGCUGAAGCGUUUAAAAAAACAAACAAAAAUAUAUACAAAAAGAUCUGUGGUCGUGGAUACUAACAAGAUGACCGUUAAACUGCUUUCAGUAAUCUGAAAUAAUAUGAAGGUGAAUGUGUCCACAGGCAGAAGAGGCUGCUUGUUUCCGGCUCUAAUCAAGCGAACAGCAGCCAAAUACUGAAAGCUUAGAAGUCUCUAGGCACGUGUCACUCAUCUGGUCCUCCCAGAUCAUAAUACACUACCUAGAGACAAGGAUAUACACUGGUUUGUAGGAGUGGCAUUAGUUAUGUCACUAAUACUGUGCCUCCUCGAUGCACUGACCUCUGGCACAUGUAGGAUGUAAAACUACAAUCAUGCUAUACUUGUUUUGUAUAUUUAGGAUCCUCUGAAACUAUGUAACAGGCCAUGAAAACUGACUGUGUCAUAACAAAGUGUAAUAUGCAGCCUUCGACCUUACAACUUUAAUGCCAUUUGACAAUUUAUUUGGUUUUAGAUCUUUAUAAUGUUAUUUUGUUCUUGGAGUGUAGUGAUACAAAAAAAGACAUCAGAUUUUUCUUGUUUUUACAAUCAGGUUACAUUGGAUUAAUUCUAAUGAUUCAGUCUUUGAUACGUUCAGUGUUACUACUCAACAAGACAAUUAAGAAGGAUUUUUCAAAACAAUUGUUAAUAGAAUUUCCAUUAUGUUUCCGUAUAUCCAGGAGAACUUCAAAGGUCAUUUUAUUUAUUCACAUAUUUAUUGUAAUGAAUAAUAAUUAUCGUCAUUAUUUAUACUAUUGCCAAAUCAACCCUGGAAAGUAGUCGCACAUCAUGUUUGUGCUGUGACGAUUUUUAGCUACAGGGCAAAAAAAAAAAUGACUGAGAUACAAUUUCUUUCAAGGUGUGGUUGAAACGUCUAGUGUUUGUUGAGCUCUCCUGGUGCACUAUUGUUAUGUAACGUUACAAACACCAGCUCACUCGUUUCUUGAGUUUCUAUGGUGACCACAUACAUGACAGCACUGAAGCUUCACAGAUGCUAAAAACGAAUGUGUCAUUUCAAAAUGGAGUCGUGUUAACAACCGUCUUGAGAAAUGAAGACUGGCCCGUUGAGUCGGACUGUUGUGGUUGUAGCCGUCUGACCGAGUAGUGGCGUGGGAUGCAGGUACGGAUUGUUUUGUCUUAGACUCAGACAAGAUGAAGGAAACAUUUUUUUCUGGAUAAACAAAGCUAAAUUUAUUUCCCCUACAUUGACUUUUUUUGUACAUACACGCCUCACAUAAUGUAUUUGUAUAUAUGUAGCUAAUCUAAUAACAAACCAAAAUGAAUAUAGUGAGGUAUGAAGUUAUUAAAAACAACAAGUACACCAGCCAGAGUGUCUGCUGAUGAUGAUGAUGUGUCAUUUAAACAGGUUUUGCCCAUUUUUCUGCAGUUCUGUACAGAGAAAAGAGUUUAGAGUUAUAUAUUAUUGCUGAAGAGUGAUGCUACAGUGCUGGCACUGCCAUCUAUUGACAGACAAUGAAAAUACAGCCUGCAUCAAUAUCUAGGGACAUUACAAACCCUUCUCUCACUAACGUUCUCCCUUUAACACAUCCAUGUCACACCUUCCAGCAUUUUGCUUUCAAAGUGCUCCUGGCCUGUCCUGACGUAGUGGAAGCAUAGCAGCGAAUAGGCUUUAGUCAGAGUUUACUCAGUGGCAGUAAAUGUGAGUGAUUGUCUGCUUUUUUUU